GUUUUAUUUGCCCCUUUUCACCAUCUGUCCUGCGACCAGGUGUGCUUAAUGCAGAACCUUUACCGCCAUUAGUAACUGCUAAAACAUAAGAUCUGUCAGACCUCCAGCUAAAGUCUUGUGAAGCACGUCUCCGAUUUUCCUUCUUCAGCAAAGCUUUUGAAUUUCCAAAAGCUUGCUCUCCCUUUUUUGUGAAAGUGUCUAAUCCUUGCAGAUCUACCAAUCCCCUUCUGCUACAUAAUGCUUCUUCCUCGACCUCCCCAUCUUCCUCCCUUCGAGCUUCCCUCCACAUUCCAGCUUCAAUGGAGGAAGCCAACCAGACCUCCAUGAAGGCUCCUUCCACUCUCAAGUUUACCUUCCUGGGAAUUUCCUCCGGCUUUACUCCAUUUAAUAAUAUAGCUGCAGAUCUGAGGUCUCCCCAAAAGGCACCGGAUAGUCUUGCUUCGCACAAUACUGCAAUAGCUUUUGCAACUCCAACCUUCCAAAGAUGGAAAGGGUAUCAUGUAUGCACAACUAUUGGGAAAGCUUCAAGUGUUAAUGUUAAUCUCAUUGAUAGAGAAGAUCCCCAAAAGGGUGUUAAUGUUAGGAUGUCAAGUAGUGGCUCUAAGGGUAACUGUUCAUUGACAGUAUCCGUUUUCUGUGAUUCAAAUGGAGUUGAAGGACCAUACUCAUUGGAGAAAUCAGGGACAUGUGACUAUGCCACAAUUCUAAAACAUCCUGCUGGUUGUGCCAAGAUUAUAUCUGUUCACCGAAGGGGGUGGGGCUGGCUAGGUACUAUAAUAACAAUAAUUUUAUGCCUUCUAGGAGGGUAUUUGCUGGUCGGUGCAGUUUAUCGAUUUUUCUUCCUGGGUAUUCGUGGAAUAGAAGUCAUUCCGAACUUGGAGUUUUGGCUUAGUUUACCACAAAGAACAAAGAGUUUGCUUGGAUCAUUAGUAAGGAAAUUUAGAGGACCUAGUCGAGGUUAUCGAAGUUCCUAUUCUCCAGUCAACUUCUGAGCAAGGAUUUUUUUUCAUGAAAAAAAUCACUGGUGAAGUUCAUAUUGAUUUCAUAAGAUGAACAUCCUGCACAAAGCGGGAAAGGAGACGAUUAGAGGACCACAUUUUCUUAAGGUCUGUCUAUCAGCACGCUUGCUCUUUCAGAAAACAGUUGGGAAAUUCUUUAAAGGUUUCUGUUAUUUGUCAAAAAGGAAAAAAAAAAAAAAAGAAAAAUCCUUAGAAUGUUAGCUAUAUCAUUCUUUUCUUUCUUUCUUCCUUUGAUGGGUGUCAGCACAAUGUGCAUUUCUAUAUGAACGGUAUCCAAUUGACUGUAGUAUCUUGUAAAAGCUUAAACGGAAUGAUAAAUUUUGAUCUUCACUGGGUAACAUUCGUUCUUUACCAGA